CGGCCCGGGGUGGAGCGAGGCCGAGCGGAGCGCUGCGCCCCAGAGGAGGAGGCGGCGGAGGAGGCGGGCGGCCGUGCGUGAGUCGGUGGCGGCGAGGGCGCAGCGGGGCCCGCUCGGCUCCAUGCGCAAAGGCUGCGAGGGAGAGAGCCAGGAGGCGGCGGCGGCGGCGGCCAUGGCGGGGCUCCACUGAAGAAGGCAGCGGGAGGAGGAGGAGGAGGAGGAGGAGGAAGGGAGGCGGCGGCGGCGAGCGCAAUCUCCGCAUUCCCUCCCCGCCAUCCCUGGGCUGCGCUCUGCCCGGACUCCGUCCUGCCUUCCUUUAUGCGCCGCUGAGCACUCGGGCCAUCCCCAGCGCGGCGGCUGCUGCUGCGGGGGUGCGCGCGCGGCCCGGGGCGCGUGGGGCGGGGGGGCUCCUCCGGUCUCCCCGCUGAAAAAGCCCUCCUUUCGCCCCCUGGUUGCUUUUGCCUUGCUGGGAGGGGUGCGCGUGGCAAACAAAGAGCCAGACGCCCGGCGCGGAGGGGAGAGCGGGGAGCAGCCGCGCUGCAGACGGGAGAGGGCGGGCGGGCGAGCCGGAGGGAGAUCUCCUCGGAUCGAGCAUGGCGGAUCGCAGCCUCGAGAGCCUCUCGCUGCCGCUGGAGGUGCGAGCCCGGCUGGCCGAGCUGGAGCUGGAAUUGUCGGAAGGUGACAUCACACAGAAGGGCUAUGAAAAGAAGAGAUCAAAAUUAAUUGGCGCCUAUUUGCCACAACCUCCAGCGGCGAAUGGAGCUGCUGCGGUACGGUGUAGACUGCAGCACAGUGAAGGGGCCACGAGGAGGACGCUCCGCACUAGCAACCUUGGGGUCUGUGACAUCCGGGAAGCAGCAGCUAGAGAGCGUACAGCACCCCACAGCACGGCGGCAAACCGGCCUCUCUUUUACUUUCGCUUUGGAGUGGAUCAAGCACUGCCACAAGAACGGCGAACUCCCAUUACCCCCUCCUCCUCCUCUCGCUACCAUCGACGCAGGUCCUCAGGGUCACGUGAUGAGCGCUACCGGUCAGAUGUCCAUACAGAAGCCGUCCAGGCAGCUCUUGCAAAACAUAAAGAAAGGAAAAUGGCGGUGCCCAUGCCAUCCAAGCGACGCUCGUUGGUUGUACAGACCUCAAUGGAUGCUUACACGCCUCCAGAUACCUCAUCUGGUUCAGAAGACGAAGGCUCUGUACAAGGUGAUUCCCAGGGAACUCCAACCUCAAGCCAAGGGAGUAUAAAUAUGGAACACUGGAUCAGCCAAGCAAUCCAUGGCUCGACCACAUCUACAACUUCUUCAUCCUCAACGCAAAGUGGAGGCAGUGGAGCUGCACAUAGGCUAGCGGACGUAAUGGCACAAACGCAUAUAGAAAAUCAUUCUGCACCUCCAGAUGUUACUACUUACACGUCAGAACACUCAAUACAAGUAGAAAGACCACAGGGUUCAACGGCGAGGGUGGCUCCCAAAUAUGGAAAUGCUGAACUUAUGGAAACCGGGGAUGGAGUUCCAGUGAGCAGCAGAGUGUCGGCAAAGAUUCAGCAGCUGGUCAACACCCUAAAACGACCCAAGCGGCCACCAUUACGAGAGUUCUUUGUGGAUGACUUCGAAGAAUUAUUAGAAGUUCAACAGCCAGACCCAAACCAACCAAAGCCAGAGGGAGCUCAGAUGUUGGCUAUGCGAGGGGAACAACUGGGCGUGGUUACAAAUUGGCCUCCAUCUCUUGAAGCAGCAUUACAACGAUGGGGAACGAUUUCUCCUAAAGCUCCUUGCCUAACCACUAUGGACACCAAUGGAAAACCACUAUAUAUUCUCACUUACGGCAAACUUUGGACACGUAGUAUGAAGGUCGCAUACAACAUUCUGCAUAAAUUAGGCACGAAGCAAGAGCCAAUGGUGCGGCCAGGAGACCGGGUAGCGCUAGUAUUUCCCAACAAUGAUCCUGCUGCUUUUAUGGUAGCCUUUUAUGGUUGCCUACUUGCGGAAGUUGUCCCAGUUCCUAUUGAAGUGCCACUUACCCGAAAGGAUGCAGGAAGUCAACAGAUAGGCUUCUUGCUCGGAAGCUGUGGCGUUACUGUGGCCUUGACUAGCGACGCAUGCCAUAAAGGACUGCCUAAAAGCCCUACUGGGGAAAUACCACAGUUUAAAGGCUGGCCAAAGCUGCUAUGGUUUGUCACAGAAUCAAAACACCUUUCGAAACCUCCUCGAGACUGGUUCCCACAUAUCAAAGAUGCAAAUAACGACACAGCUUACAUUGAGUACAAAACCUGUAAAGAUGGAAGUGUUCUUGGGGUGACGGUGACAAGAAUUGCGCUGCUCACCCACUGCCAAGCCCUUACGCAGGCCUGUGGAUACACAGAAGCUGAAACCAUUGUGAAUGUAUUAGAUUUCAAGAAAGAUGUAGGUUUGUGGCAUGGGAUUCUUACGAGUGUUAUGAACAUGAUGCAUGUUAUAAGCAUCCCAUAUUCUUUAAUGAAGGUAAACCCGCUUUCUUGGAUACAGAAAGUCUGCCAGUAUAAAGCAAAAGUUGCUUGUGUAAAAUCUAGGGACAUGCACUGGGCAUUAGUAGCACAUCGAGAUCAACGGGACAUCAACCUUUCAUCGCUCCGAAUGCUAAUAGUUGCUGAUGGCGCCAACCCAUGGUCAAUUUCAUCGUGUGAUGCGUUUCUCAAUGUCUUCCAAAGCAAAGGGCUGAGGCAAGAGGUCAUCUGCCCUUGUGCUAGUUCGCCGGAGGCCCUCACCGUGGCUAUUAGAAGGCCGACAGAUGACAGCAAUCAGCCACCAGGCAGAGGAGUCCUGUCCAUGCACGGUCUCACGUAUGGAGUCAUUAGAGUGGAUUCUGAAGAAAAGCUUUCUGUUCUAACGGUGCAAGAUGUUGGCUUAGUGAUGCCAGGAGCCAUAAUGUGUGCAGUGAAGCCAGAUGGGGUACCCCAGCUCUGUCGGACAGAUGAAGUAGGUGAACUCUGCGUGUGUGCCAUGGCCACGGGAACAUCCUAUUACGGACUCUCUGGGAUGACGAAAAACACGUUUGAGGUGUUCCCUAUGACCAGUUCAGGAGCUCCAAUCAGUGAAUAUCCUUUUAUAAGAACUGGAUUGCUGGGAUUUAUCGGCCCAGGCGGACUGGUUUUUGUUGUUGGCAAAAUGGAUGGCCUGAUGGUUGUCAGCGGACGGCGGCACAACGCAGAUGACAUCGUAGCGACGGCAUUGGCUGUGGAGCCUAUGAAGUUUGUUUAUAGGGGAAGAAUAGCAGUGUUUUCGGUGAGCGUCCUUCACGAUGAGAGGAUAGUUAUUGUCGCAGAGCAAAGACCUGAUUCCACGGAGGAAGACAGCUUUCAGUGGAUGAGUCGAGUGCUACAGGCUAUAGAUAGUAUUCAUCAAGUUGGGGUUUACUGCUUAGCACUGGUGCCAGCGAACACACUCCCAAAGACUCCCCUAGGUGGUAUCCAUUUAUCAGAAACAAAGCAACUUUUCCUAGAAGGCGCACUGCAUCCCUGUAACGUCCUGAUGUGUCCACAUACCUGCGUAACAAACCUGCCCAAACCAAGGCAAAAGCAACCAGAAAUUGGCCCUGCCUCUGUGAUGGUGGGGAAUCUGGUCUCUGGGAAAAGAAUUGCUCAGGCGAGUGGCAGAGAUUUGGGGCAAAUAGAAGAUAAUGAUCAAGCCAGAAAGUUCCUGUUUCUCUCAGAAGUCUUACAGUGGAGAGCGCAAACAACUCCUGACCAUGUGCUUUAUACGCUACUAAAUUGUAGGGGAACAAUAGCAAACUCUCUUACGUGUGUUCAGCUACAUAAGCGAGCUGAAAAGAUAGCAGUUAUGUUGAUGGAAAGGGGUCACUUACAAGAUGGCGACCACGUUGCUUUGGUCUACCCUCCAGGGAUAGAUCUGAUCGCUGCAUUUUACGGGUGUUUGUACGCAGGCUGUGUGCCUAUAACAGUUCGACCUCCGCAUCCGCAAAACAUUGCAACCACGUUGCCUACGGUGAAGAUGAUUGUGGAGGUCAGUCGUUCUGCCUGUUUAAUGACAACGCAAUUAAUAUGUAAAUUGUUGAGGUCACGAGAGGCAGCUGCCGCGGUGGAUGUCAGAACAUGGCCCCCCAUAUUAGACACAGAUGAUUUGCCAAAGAAACGGCCUCCUCAGAUCUACAAACCUUCUAACCCUGACAUGCUGGCUUACCUUGAUUUCAGUGUAUCCACAACUGGAAUGCUAGCUGGGGUGAAGAUGUCUCAUGCAGCCACUAGUGCCUUUUGUCGUUCUAUUAAGCUGCAGUGUGAGCUUUAUCCUUCUAGAGAAGUUGCUAUCUGUUUGGACCCUUACUGUGGACUUGGGUUCGUCCUUUGGUGCCUCUGUAGCGUUUAUUCAGGGCACCAGUCUAUUUUGAUUCCUCCCUCAGAACUGGAGACCACACCUGCGCUCUGGCUCUUGGCUGUGAGUCAGUACAAAGUGAGAGACACUUUUUGCUCUUACUCGGUCAUGGAGCUCUGUACCAAGGGGCUGGGUUCACAAACAGAAUCUCUGAAGCAAAGAGGACUGGACCUCUCAAGGGUACGGACAUGUGUGGUCGUGGCAGAAGAACGGCCUCGGAUCGCUCUGACGCAGUCUUUCUCAAAGCUUUUCAAAGAUUUGGGCCUUCACCCCCGGGCUGUGAGCACAUCGUUUGGCUGCAGAGUUAACCUGGCCAUAUGUUUGCAGCCACACAGGCUGGGGAAGCUGGCUGAGCAGGGGACGUCAGGGCCAGAUCCAACUACUGUGUAUGUUGACAUGAGGGCCCUAAGACACGACAGAGUGCGUUUAGUAGAAAGAGGAUCCCCUCAUAGUUUACCUCUCAUGGAAUCUGGAAAGAUCCUCCCUGGAGUUCGUAUCAUUAUUGCUAAUCCAGAAACAAAGGGGCCCUUGGGAGAUUCUCAUCUUGGAGAGGUGAGUCACAGGCUAAGCCUGGGUUGGUAGCGAAUUGUCUGAGUUGGUGGAGGAAGGAUGGAAGGUAGCUUUUAGUCAUUUAUCUUAACAAGCGUCAAGCCAUCUCUAGCAGAUACGAACCACACAGCUUUGUGGAGAUGUGCGCGAAGUGCCUGGAACAUUGUGAAUUUUUACUUCCUUCGUCACAGCUGAGAACUGUGAGCCCCCUGCGGCUCCAUCCAAAGAUUAUGAUGCAGUUGCAUCGGAGCCCACAGCAACCUUGCCACACCCCACCAAUCAUGGGGCAGUGUGCCAACAGCUCCUCAGUGAUAGGCUGACUGAAAUAAUCGACUGCUGCAUUCUAGCUUUGCCCCCUGGCAUGUCCCUGAUGCCUCCUCCUGCUGCCCACAAUCUGAACACAGCAAGGAAGGGAACACUGAAAAUAACACUGUAGUGUAACUGGGAGGAACCUUGAAGUUUACGCCUGGAGGUCCUCAGAUGUGGAUUCAAGCCCUUCCUGCAACCCUGUUCCUUGGUACUGGAAGGUCUGGUACAGGAAGGAACCCAAUGGCUGCUCCAUCCUGAGCAUUUGUAGGCUUCUUUAGCUUCCUCAGCCGAGUUAGGGACGCUCCUCUCCGGCACGCAGUUCAGCUCUUGGGUUGGGCAGUGUUCAGAAGCAGCAAUCUUUUGCCAGGCAAGAGGAACGCAGAUACAGGGACAGCCACAAAGAAACAUUCACAGAAAGCAUUAUUGCCAGCUUCCCACUGAGAAAAGGC